GUGCUGGUAAACCGGUGCUCCGUUCUAUAGGAAGCCACGCAGCUGUCGCAUAGGCCCCGGAAGCAUUCCAUUUAAGUAUAGCAAUAGACGUCCGGCCAUUCAGGUUAACCGGACGCUCGCGCUGAAGUUCGAAGAACGCUGCAGCUGAGAGGAGAACGGCGGGAGCCUGGUGUUUUGCAGCAAUUGCGAUCAACGGCGCACAUUUCCCCGUCGGAGCGAGUACGACGAUGUUCGCAGAGGUGUGCCUGGCAGCACUCACGACGCUUCUCUACAGUUUAUACAGAUGGAGGAAAAGGACAUUUUCUGUUUUCAAGGAACUCGGCAUUCCUGGGCCGGAGCCUAGCCUCCUUUUCGGCAACCUAGUUGAAAUCUGGAAAGAUGGCAUGGGUCCGUGCUCAAGCAAAUGGUUGAAGCAGUACGGAGACGUCGUGGGAUACUACAAUGGCGCCAUGCCUGGCAUCGUACUGCGCGAUCGUGAACUGAUUAAGCGUAUCUUCAUCAAUGACUUCCAGUAUUUCACGGGACGACAGAUCAUGGCCCUUGUGUCUAAAAACCUUCCUGUCAAUGAAGUUCGACUCAGCAGGGUGUCCGGAGACGAUUGGCGCUAUCUGAAAAACAUCGUGGUUCCUGCCUUCAAGACAAACAAUAUCAAGAAGGCUUUCGCUAUCAUGCACGAGUGCGUCGAAGAGUGCUUGCGCGUGUUGGACUCGAAGAUCGCGGGCUCCGACGGCUGUGUCGAGGGGUUUCAGCCGUUCUGCAACCUGGCCUGCGAUUUCGGUCUGCAGUUCUUUGCCGGCGCUCGCACGGAUAUACAGAUGGACAACGAGGCCGCCCUGGCCCUGUGCAAGGCGGCUCGCCAAAGCGUCGGCCAGUUCGGCAGCGCCGGGCUCUUCUUUCUCAACCUUCUCCCCGACAGUCCAAAAAUGCACAAGCUUCUCUGCAGACUGCGCUCGAUAUUCAUUCAGUUGCCAUCUGACGAGAUGCUUGACCGGAUGAUUCCCAUCAUCAAUCACAGAAGAGCGAAUCCCGAGCCCGACCGGGAGGAUAUACUUCAGUUGCUGCUCAACUCCGAAAAACAAGAUAUGAACAACAAAGCAAAAGCCGAAGCUCCAUGUGCUACAUAA